GCCAAAGAGCCCCCCCCAGGCCCAGCCCCCCCUGCAGCCCCCGACCCGGCCCCAGGUGACCCCCGGCUGAUCCAGGAGCUGACAGAGGAGGUGGCCAAGCAGGGUGACCUGGUGAGGCAGCUGAAGGCGGCCCAGGGGGACAAGGCCCAGGUGGACACCGAGGUGGCCAAACUGCUGGAGCUGAAGCGGCGCCUGGCGCUGGCCCAGGGCAGGACCCCCGAGGUGCCCAAGGGCAAGAGGAAGAAGUAGCUCCAGUGCCCCCAGUGACCGGACUGGGCCGUACUGGGGAGCGGCCCCGGUGCCCCCCAGGAACCAAACUGGGCCGUGCUGGUUGUGGUUACGUGUGUUUAAUAAAAUACAAGAGCUGUA